AUGUCUACAAAUAAUGGUUAUUUUGAUCAAGACGGUUCGAAGGAUGCCAUCCACGAUUUGGAAAAACAGCCUAAGUCUGUCAUACAUGGCAAUGAACCACCUGUCAUGUUGGCCGAUGAAUCUACAGGGCAGUUUGAAGAGGUUUCGAAUGUGCGGCAGGGCCUUCACCAGCGACAUAUUCAGAUGAUUGCUCUAGCUGGUACUAUAGGAACGGGUCUCUUUCUCAGUUCCGGUCGAGCGAUUGCUCACUCCGGCCCCCUAGGUGCGUUUCUAGGAUACUUGAUUAUGGGCUGUGUAGCCGGUACUGUGACUCUUGCGAUUGGUGAGAUGGGCACACUGGUCCCUCUGAACGGUGGAGUAGUCCGCUAUUCUGAAUAUUUUGUUGACCCUGCAUUGGCUUUCGCCAAUGGAUACAAUUUGGUAUAUUCCUACCUUGUUUCCAUUCCCUCUGAGCUUGUCGCUUCGGCUAUCCUUGUGCAAUUUUGGUCCGAGCUCAACAGCGCAAUUUGGAUCACUAUAUUUGGAGUAGUGAUGCUGUGCUCUGCAUUUGUGUUUGUUCGGGUCUAUGGAGAGCUCGAAUUCUUCUUCUCCAUAAUGAAAAUAAUGUUAAUCAUUGGAAUCAAUCUAAUGGCUCUUGUCAUAACGUGUGGCGGUGGCCCGAACCACAAGUCCAUCGGGUUUCAGUAUUGGCGCGACCCUGGACCUCUGGUCCAGUACCUUGGAAUAACGGGCGUGCUUGGCCGUUUUCUGGGUGUUUGGACAUCCUUGAACAGCGCUCUUUAUGCCUACUCGGGAAUCGAGACCAUCACGGUUGCAGCUUCAGAGACAAAGUCACCAAGACAAGCUAUCCCAAAGGCCGCCAAGCGGAUCUUCGUUCGCAUCUUGAUAUUCUAUAUCGUCUCAAUUUUCAUGGUCGGCCUGGUUGUCCCAUCAAAUGAUCCAAAGCUCAGUAACGACAGUGGCACAGCUUCAGAGUCACCAUUCGUGAUUGCCGCUACCAACGCAGGAAUCAAAGUAGUCCCAUCCAUUAUCAAUGCUGUUAUUAUCACUUCAGCUUGGUCCUCAGGGAACUCCAAUAUUUUAGGAGGAUCUAGAGUUUUGGUCGGACUGGCCAUGAACGGUCAUGCCCCGAAAUUCUUUACUCGACUCAAUAGAUUCUCGGUUCCCUGGAUCGCAAUUUCUCUUUAUGGUCUAUUCAUGUGUCUAGGAUACAUGUCGCUUUCCUCGACUGCCAACACCGUGUUUGAUUGGUUGCAAGACCUUGUUUCCAUUACAACCUUGACCAACUGGCUCAGCAUCUUGAUUACGUAUCUUCGGUUUUACUACGGUUGCAAGAAACAAGGGAUCUCUCGGAAUUCCCUUCCAUGGGCUACUCCGUUUCAGCCAUACAUUAGCUGGGCCUCGCUGUUUCUGCUCUCUCUGUUCCUUAUUACAGGCGGCUAUUCGACAUUUAUCAAAGGAAAUUGGGAUGAUGAAAGCUUUGUCUCAUCGUAUAUCAACAUUCCGCUUUUCUUGAUAUUUUACUUUGGAUACAAGCUCUUCCGCAAGACAAAGAUCGUUCCCCUGGAAGAUAUCCCUAUUCAGCCCUUCAUUGACAUCGCGAAUCGUAAUCCUGAACCUGAACCAGCCCCAAAGAAAGGUCUUCGGAAACUUAACAUACUGUGGGAUUGA